AGGUUAGCAGAGCGGCAGUUGCUUAGCACAAUAUGUAGCUCUAUAAAACCUCCAGGAGGUGCCAGUCCAAGCUCGAUUCUACAGAUUCGCGCAACAGCUAUAAAAAUGUGGAUUAUCUACUUAGCCCUCGCAGCCGUAGUACUCCGCCUCCUCUACGGCAUCUACUCCAUCUUGACCGACCCACUGCGAGACAUCCCUGGCCCCUUCCCCGCGCGCUUCACAAAGCUCUGGUACCUCUCCAACAUCUACACCGGCUCGCACGAACGCCAUGCCAUCGCGCUCCACCGCAAGCACGCCCGGCCCGGCGAGCACUUUGCGCCCAUCGUGCGCCUCGCACCAGACAUGUACAGCAUCAAAUCCCCCGACAAAGCCGUCUACGGCAUCGGCAGCAAGAUGCCCAAGAACGCGUGGUAUGAGGGAUGGAAACACCCGUCGCCGGACCGCUGGACCGUAUUCACCGACCGGAAUAUCAAAAGACAUGCCGAGUCGCGCCGGGUGUAUGCGGGGCUGUACGCGAUGAGCGCGCUGCUGUCGUACGAAGCGUAUGUCGACGACUGCGCGGACGUGUUUGCGCGGAGAUUGAAAGAGAUGGCGGGCGGGCAGGCGGUGGAUAUGGGACACUGGCUCCAGUGCUACGCCUUCGAUGUCAUCGGCGCUAUCACCUACGGGAAGCGCUUUGGGUUUCUGGAUGAGGGCCGGGACCUAGGCGAUACGAUGGGCGCGUUGGAUAGGAGCAUGCUGUACUCGACGCUGGUGGGGGUGUAUGCGUGGCUGCAUCCUUACCUGUACCCCAUUCUUGAGCGCAUCCCGUCGAGCGGGGCGGCCGGGAGGGCAUAUCUGAUGCGGUUUGCGAGUGCGGCGCUUGCGCAGCGGAGGGGGGAACGGGCGCAGGGGAAGAGGCCAGAGAAGGCGCAGGGUGAGCCCGAGGAUUUUGUCGAUAAGAUGCUGGAUAUGCAGGAGGUCAAGGAGGUGGUCACGGAUUAUCAUGUUUUCGCGCUGACGAUGAGUAACAUUGUUGCGGGAUCGGAUACUACAGCGCUAAGUCUGAGUAGUGUGCUGUACCAUCUUAUUCGGACGCCUGGGGUGCUGGGGAAGCUGAGAGAGGAGAUUGAAGAGCAUGUACGCGAGGGGAAGUGUAGCCCUGAGCGGGUGACGUUCAAGGCGAGCCAGGAGAUGCCAUAUUUGCAGGCUUGUAUUAAGGAGGGACUGAGGCUGCAUCCUGGGACGGGACUGCCGCUGUGGAGGGUGGUUAAUGAGGGUGGAGCGACGAUCUCUGGACGGUACUUCCCUGAAGGCGCGGAGGUCGGGAUCAACACAUGGGUUGCUCACUAUGAUGCGGAUAUUUGGGGGAGCAAUGUGGAGGUGUUUCGGCCUGAGAGAUGGCUUGAAGCGGAUGCUGAGCAGCUGAAGGUCAUGGAGGCGCACUAUAUCCCUUUUGGCUUAGGCUCGAGGACUUGUAUCGGGCGGCAUAUUGGGCAUCUCGAAAUGUCUAAACUUCUGCCGCUGAUUGUGGAUGCGUUCGAUUUCGAGCUUGAGACGCCGGGGGGGAGGUGGAAGACGAUGAAUUUGUGGUUCGUUAAGCCCGUAGAUUUCAGCGUGAGGAUUAAGGCGAGAUGGAGGGGGAAAGUGUAAGUGCAUGUGGGAAAAUGGUAUUCUGGAUUUGCCAGUCGAAUGUGGCUACCAAGGUCACGUUCUCUUCUAUCAUCUGUAUCCUUUCGUUCUGUCGCUCAACUUGCGCACGAAGCUGCACUAUCGUGGUCGUCGAGUAGCC